UGGUCUUUAGGGUGGUUUUGGUUGCCACGUCGCUUUGUUGGCGUGUGGUUAUAAACAGAUAGCUAGAAAGGGGUAGUUUGCUUAUUUGAAAUUCAUUUGCAAAGUAACUUUAAGUUAAGUGCAUGUGGAAAUGUUGCUCAGUACUUUGAAUUUAUUUUGUUAUGUACUGUUGAGUGUUGUGAAUGGAGCAAAACUCCCGGAGCCAGAAGUGAAAAUCGAGGUGAUCCACAAACCUUUCAUCUGCCACAGGAAGUCCAAGUACGGGGAUAUGCUGCUUGUACAUUUCGAUGGGUACCUCGAAAGCAACGGAACAUUGUUCCAUUCCAGCCGUAAAGAAGGUAAUGGCCAGCCUGUUUGGUUCACUCUUGGAAUAAGAGAAGUUAUUAAAGGCUGGGACAAAGGCAUGCAGAACAUGUGUGCAGGAGAAAAGAGAAAGCUAACGGUUCCUUCAUCUCUUGCUUAUGGCAAGGAGGGGAAAGGGAAGAUUCCACCUGACAGCACUCUAAUAUUUGAAAUGGAGAUUUUGGAGAUCAGAAAUGGACCAAGAUCCCAUGAAUCAUUCCAGGAAAUGGACCUUAACGAUGACUGGAAGCUGUCCAGACAGGAGGUAAAAGAGUAUUUGAGGAAGGAAUUUGAAAAACAUGGAUAUGCUCCCAAUGAUACCCAUCAUGAGAACAUGGUUGAAGACAUAUUCAAGAAGGAAGAUGAAGACAAUGAUGGAUUUAUAUCUUCCAGGGAAUUUACCUACGAGCACGAUGAGCUGUGAUGUGAAAAAUGAUUGACUUGUUAUAAAAAAAUAAAAAAGGACUAAAGAGCAAGGUUUCACUUUGAAAAUACACAACUUGCUUUUAUUUUGGGCUGAUUUUAAGAAUCCCUUGUUUUUAUGCCUUUUACUAUUUUUCAAUGAUUGUUUUAAAUUUUGUUCUCAAAUGACCCAUUCUAAAGAAACAUGUUUACACAGUGUAGUUUGGUGUUAUAUAUGUAACUUUUGAAAUAAACAAUUUUGAUGUAGAAGUAUUUUGAGUUCAUGUUAAAAAUAUGAUUAUUUUUCUAAAACAAAGACUACAAGCAAUGCUAUAUAAAUGAAGAAAAGU